AUGGCGACCGCUCCUCUGGCGGCUGCCCCUGAAGGAAUGACCGGCGCGUUGGCUGUCCGGCCUCUGGCGUCGCAGCUUCCUCUGCUGCUGGCGCUGUUGGUCGCCGCGGCGGCCGCGGAUCAGCAGGUGACCCUGGUGCUCUGGUCGAGCUCCCGGGAUUUGUGGGCUCCCCUUGAAAAUGCCCACGAAGGUCACAUCACUACGGAUAUCCAGCUUUCCUCCUACCUAGACCCUGCCCUGGAGAACGGACCCCGAAACGUGCUGCUGUUCCUACAGGAAAGACUAAACAUGGAGGAUUUCACUGCGUAUGGUGGCGUGUUUGGCAACAAACAAGACAGUGCUUUCCCUAACCUGGAGAGCGCUCUGGGAUCGGCUCCCUCUUCCUUGAUCCUGCCUUCAGUGGACUGGUAUGCGGCCAGUACUUUGACCUCUUACCUGAAAGAGAAGUUGGGAGCUAGUCCCCUCCACGUAGACCAGGCCACCCUACGGGAGCUGCAGCUCAACGACACCCUCCCUGCCCUGCUCCUCCUGAGACUGCCCUACAGCACCAGUUCCGGAUUGAUGGCUCCCAAAGAAGUGUUCACAGGCAAUGAUGAGAUUAUCGGGCAGGUGAUGAGCACACUCAAGUCUGAAGGUGUGCCCUAUACGGCCAUACUGACUGCGGUUCGGCCUUCCCCGGGGCUUCGGGACUUGUCGCUAGUGUCGCGGGGUUCGGGGCGGCGCCUCCUUGGGGAGAAUGAGGAUCCAAAGCCUGUCACAGCCGCAGUGUCUACCCUACCCCCAGUGAGCUACAAGGACACGGAACCUCGCAUCCUCUUCUGGGCCAAGACUUUCAAGUUGACUUACAACAAAGAGUCACGUGACCUGGCUGCCCUCACCUUUGGCGCCCCAGCACUCAACCUGACUGGCUCCAGCUGGAACAACUCCUCUGCCCAGCUUGCGCUGACUUACGAGAACCUCUUUGGGUCAUUGCUGACAAUCAAGUUUAUCCUGAGCAGUCAGUUCUACCACAUUUCAGCCCGAAGCUGGUUCACCAUGGAUCGACUAGAGAUCCACAGCAACAACUCAGUUGUUGUCUUCAAUUUCUCACAUGUCACAGCACCCACCAUCUAUUCCUUCCACUGCCAGUCUGUUAGCACUGAACGUUCAAACGAAGGUGUCAUAAUAUCUUCUAGUUCUUCUCUCUGGCGUGUGAAUUUCCAGAAUUUCCAGAUUCAGGCCUUCAACUUGUCUAAUGGAAACUUCUCCUAUGCCAGUGAUUGUGCCAGCUUCUUCUCUGCUGGCAUCUGGAUGGGGCUGGUCUCCUCUUUUAUCAUGCUUUUCAUCUUCAUCUAUGGGAUGCACAUGAUCCUCAACCUCAAGACCAUGGAUCGAUUUGAUGACCACAAGGGGAGCCCUACCUUUGUGGCCCUGAUGGAGUGA